AUGUUUGGCUUCGAUCAGUUGAGCAGCUUCUCUGCUCCUGAUUCGGAUCCUGCACGAAAAAUGACUGACCUGCACUACGGUGAUGUCGACCUCCUCCUGCCGCCCCAGAUUGUGGAUCGGCCCUGGGAGCACUACGCACGCCUGCUCAACCCUAAGGAUGAGCUGGAGGAGACCCGAUACCUGGUGGAGCCGCCGGACAUGCUAAACCUCUCCUUUGAUGAGGCUCCAACGGCCAAGCUCACCAUCUGCAUUCUGAUGCCAAACGGAACGGUGAUCACCGUCGAGAUGUCACCCAGUGCCACCUUCUUCGAGCUGAAGGAGGAAGUGUUCGAGCUUGCUCAAAGAGGGCCAAUGUACGGUGCCCUGCGUGAUCCAAAAUCAUACCGCUUCAAUUACGUCGACUUCUCCGCCGCCGCGUCAAAGGACGUCGACGAUGAGGAGAUUCGCCUCUGUGAUGCUCAGCCCUUUGGCGGCUUCAUCAAGCUGCUGGAGACGAAGAAGGACACUGCCAGUCUUCAGCUGGACGAGCAGAUCGGCCGGCUGAUUGGCAAGCCGCUGAAGGAGUUUGACGCGCUGAGAAACGCCGAGGUGAACGAGUUUCGCUACAAGAUGCGAACACUCUGCGAGGAGAUCGUCAAGAUUCGCCAGAACCACAAUUGGCUCGACAAGAUGAAGUACAUCUACCCGGUGGCCCAUGAGCCCAGUCUGGAGGUGCCGCGGUACCUGCUGCGGCGGAUACCGGCUGAUGGCUACAUUAACAUCAGGGUAUCCUUUGAACGGCCUGCCAUCACCCUCGAUCUGAAGGUGCACCACAUGUUUACGCCGGAUGAAAUUCUCACCGCUACAAUGCGCAAGCUAAUGAGCGAGCCAGCCUACUCGACUGCCUUCCAGCAGCUGAUGUCCCUCUGUGAGGCUGACUCCUACUACGACACCUCUUUUGAAGCCGACAACCCUACUCAUCUUGGAACGACGUACUUUCUGCUGAAAAUUAACGGCUGCCUCGAGUACUUGUAUGACUGCCCACCGGGAAGUCGAAACAAGCAGUUCAAACUCAUACAGUACAAGACGGUUCGAAAUAUGCUGCUCAAUGAUCAGACUGUGGAGCUGGUGGCCGUUUGGAAGAACUCAAUUGAGUGUAAAACGGACAUCAACCGCAUCUCCAUCAUGGCGGGCAUCUUCCACGGCGGCGAGCUGCUCGUGGAGCACUACAUGACGACGCCCACCUCCGAGUCGGGCUCACUGGCCAAGUCGGCGCCCAAUCUGGUGAUGCUUGACACGAAUCACUCCUCCUUUACCUGGGACAAUGACAUCGUCUUCAACCUGAAGGUCUCUGACCUGCCGCGAAUGGCUCGACUGUGUUUCAGUGUAGUAGGCUUCUCUGGCAACAGCGGCAACAGUAAGAAGCUGAGCAAGAGCCAGUCGGUGGCGGUGCUGGCGGCCAAGCCCUCUGCCAAGCUCUUCUGGGGCAAUAUCAACUUUUAUGACUACAAAGGAAUACUGCGCGAGAACUCGACCACCCUCUGCCUGUGGCCGUUUGACGAUGAUGAGGUGUGCGACGAUGCAAACAGCUGUGACUCGGACGAGGCCUAUGCCAAAUACUUUAAUCCACUGGGCACGGUGGUGCAGAACCCGGCCGUGGUGGAGUGCCCGUUGUUGACGAUUUCAUUCACCAAAUACUCGGAGGGAGAUAAUGCCAUCAUUAAGUACCCGGAGAUGAAGGAGAUUUCGCGCAGUUACGCCAGCCAGCCGACGCUGAACUCCUUUCCCGAGGAGCGCCCGGAGGACGGCGCUGACAUUGAUGGGGCCGCCUCUGCGGAGGUGCAGACUGACCCCGAGGAGGAGGACACCUUUGAGGUGCCGCCCAUUCGUCGCUGUGCCAGCGCCUCCAGUGCCUCCAGCGUCCGGACUGCCUGGGCCCGGAAGCAGUCGCUGGCCAUUGAGAAGGUGGACCUGCCGGAGCAGCAGCGGCUGAGGGCGUCGCUCAGCAAGGGACACGCCUCGAAGCAGUUUCUGAAGCAAAUCAGCGACUUCUGCGACCGUGACCUGCUCUACCGCAUGACCGACCAGGAGUGUGAGCUGCUGAUGCUGCUGCGGGAGGACUGCAAACGGGCGAUGCCCAAUGCGCUGAACAAGCUCCUCCUUAGCUUCAAGUGGAACCAGCAGAAGUCAGUUGGGCAGGUGCUGACGCUGCUCAACGACUGGCCGAAGGUGUCGCCCUCGAAGGCGCUGGAAUUGCUGGACUACGCCUAUCCGGACUCAUUUGUGCGGCACUACGCAAUUGAGUGCUUGAAGGACAUGAACGGCGAACAGCUGUCGCACUUUCUCCUUCAACUGGUGCAGGCGCUCAAGUACGAGUCGUACAUCUACAAUGAUCUGGUGCAGUUUCUCCUAGAGCGAGCCUUUGAAAACCAAAGAAUCGGCCACCAACUUUUUUGGCUCCUGCGAGCGGAGAUGCACGACCCGGCGGUAUCGGUGCACUUUGGGCUGAUUCUCGAGGCCUACUGCAGAGGAGCGGUAGAUCACAUUCAUAUUUUAACGAAGCAGAUUGAGUGCAUCAGCAAGCUGCGACGCAUCAAUGAGAUCAUUCGCGAGGACAAGUCGCGCGACUCGCGUGAAAAGAAGAUCGUCCAGAUGCAGGAGAUUCUCAAGCAGAAGUACUACCAGGAGACGCUCAACGACGUGAUCAACCCGCUCGACCCGGCCUACAAGCUGGGCCUGCUGCGCAUCAACAAGUGCAAGUUCAUGGACUCGAAGAUGAAGCCGCUGUGGUUGGUGUUUGAGAACGCGGACCGGGCGGCGCCGGACAUCUACCUGAUGUUCAAGAAUGGCGACGACCUGCGGCAGGACAUGCUGACGCUGCAGAUGAUUCGCAUCAUGGACUACAUGUGGAAGGAGGAGGGGCUGGACCUGCGCAUGACGCCCUACAAGUGCGUCUCACUGGCGAAGAACGUCGGCCUCAUCGAGGUGGUGCUCAACGCCGACACCAUCGCCAACAUUCAGAAGGAGAAGAGCUCGGCGGCGCUGGCCGCCUUCCGCAAGGGCUCCAUCUACAGUUGGCUGAAGGACCACAACGCGGGCGAGGAGGCGCUGAAGAAGGCCGUCGAGGAGUUCACCUUCAGCUGUGCGGGCUACUGCGUGGCCACCUACGUGCUGGGCAUUGCCGACCGCCACAACGACAACAUCAUGGUGAAGCGAAAUGGACAGCUCUUUCACAUUGACUUUGGCCACAUUCUCGGCAAGUUCAAGGAAAAGUUUGGCAUCCGCCGUGAGCGUGUGCCUUUCGUGUUGACGCACGACAUGGUUUACGUAAUUUCGCAGGACAAAAAUACCGAACGCUUCAUCCGCUUCCAGUCGGUGUGCGAGCAGGCGUUUCUGAUCAUCCGUCGGCGGGGCAACUUCAUCAUCAGCCUCUUCGCGAUGAUGCUCUCCACGGGCAUU